CGUGGUUAUGUUUGAAGCCGUUGAAGGCUGGAGUUCAGUCGUUCAGUGUAUGAUACCACAUUUUUACCUGACCAAUGCAAUCGAAAGCGGACAAAGUAAACAAUGCUGGUCCAGCACUGGCACAGAGCGAUAAUGAGGAUGAUGGAUUUACUACAAAUACAGGCUGGGCUGAUGUCAUGCAAAAGAUUCUAAAAACAAAUAAACCAAAGAGAAAAAAAACACUUGUACUGGCCAAGGCAAAGAAGUUGUGUGAUAUAAAAAUAAAAGAGAAAAAAGAAGAUAUUUCCUUCGAGAUUGAUGGCAUUCAAGAGGAGAUCAAAACAGAAUUAGAAGAAAAUAAGACAAGUGUUACAUCAAAUACUGUACUAAGUAAAUCAAGAAUAACAAAAAACAUUGGCAUCAGAAUAAAACCAUCUAUUACAGAUCGGGAGCAUGAAAGAAUGUUGUUACAGAUAGCUACAAAAGGAGUUGUACAAUUAUUUAAUGCAGUAAAAACGCAACAAGUAGAAAUUAAAAAGAAAUUAUCGCAAGCAGGUCCAUUAGAAAGAAAACGCGAACAAGUGUACAAAAAUAUUGACAAGAACGCCUUCCUUGAUAUUCUUAUGGGUGGCAGUAAAAGUAUACCAACUAAUAAUUCUGUGAAAUCUGAAAAGCCUGUUGAGCAGACAGAUGAUAAAAACAAAGAUCACAAAAUGUGGAGUGUUCUUCGAGAUGACUUUAUUAUGGGGGCUAAGUUGAAAGACUGGGACAAGAAGAACGUAGAAGAAGAUUCUUCAGCUCCUGAGGAUAUAAACAGCGAUGUAGAUUAAAAAUAAAAGCUUUCUUCUUUUUUAUAUGACUCUUUUAAGUAACUAUAAUUAGUCAUAAAAAUGUCGAUAUUAGUUGUGUACAUAGUGUUAACUGCAUUGAUAUUUCUUGGAACAAACAUGUACAUAUUUGUGAAUUGUAAAUGAACUAUGGGUUCUCGAAACAGAUUAUUUCUUUACUCUUAUAGCCUUCGACUUUCCAAUAAACCUCUU